CACCAGUCUGUUUUAAUGCACUCACUCUUUUGGAAGAAGAUCCUGAAGGAUAUAUAACAGGAUUUUUUUUUUUAAAUACAUAGAGAACACUUCAACUUUGAUAUCUUUCCAUACCAGAUCAACGACAAGAUCCAGUUAAGAUGCUUUCAACAGAAGCUUCCGUGAGCACGCUCCCUUCACAGAGCUCCACAAAUGAAACUUUCCUGGACUCAGAAUUCCGCUACACACUCUUCCCCGCUUUCUACGGCGUGGUGUUUGUAAUCGGACUGGCAGCCAACGCAUACGCCCUUUAUGUCCUACAUCACAUGCGAGGGUCCAGGUCCAUGAAUGAGAUGCGCAUCUACAUGUCCAACCUGACGGUGGCGGACCUGCUUUUUGUCCUAGUGCUUCCUUUCUGGAUUAGCUAUUAUAAAAACCAUGGAAACUGGAUCUACUCGGACAUUCUGUGCCGAAUCAGUGGCUCACUGUUCUUCAUCAACACCUACUGCUCUAUUCUCUUCCUCACCGUCAUCAGCGUCAAUCGCUACUGGGCUGUGACUCGGCCACUGGUGGCCGCCUCCUCUGACUGCUGGAAACGUGGUACCAUUAUCUCUGUGAUUGUCUGGGUUAUUACACUGACGAUGGCAGCCAAACAAUUAGCUGAGCCUGGCAUCCAAGAAGACAUGCACACAGGAGUCCCAAGAUGCUUUGAAGGCUAUCAUAACAAUGAAGAAUCCAAAGUCCCUGUUGUUAUUAUCCACUUCGUCAUAAUUGGCCUGUUCUUUGCUGUCUUCCUCCUUGUGGUGAUGUGUAACGUGCGUAUCGCUUGCACGCUCCUUGCACAGCCCAUUAGUCAGCCGCGACCCAGUACAGGACGACGGCCCCAUGGUACCAAACGUCGUGCCUUGCGGAUGCUGUGCGCGGUUGUAGGUGUGUUUGUUGUUUGUUUUGUUCCUCAUCACAUAGUCCAAGGACCCUGGACCCUGGCUGUUCUGAGGAUGCACGACUGGAGUGAGGAAACCAGGCAGUAUUUGAACGACGCCCACCAAAUCACACUGCUCCUCAUGGGGUUGAACUGCAUCCUGGAUCCGAUUGUGUACUGCUUCUCAACCAGGAAGUUCCGCAUGUACAUCCAGAAUCACCUAAAGAAAGUAAAGAAGGGGAAACCCUGCUCUUACAACACCAGCACCACGGGUUUGUCUGUGAAAAUCAGAAAACAGAGUGAAGAACUGAGUAUUUUUGAAGUGAAAAAGUAGCAGAGAUUCGAAAGACCUCAAACAAGCUUUAACAGCAAGUUGGUUUAGUGGUUUUGGACACCAAGCGCAGACUACAGACAUUUGUCUAGUGUAGAAGAAUUUUUUCUCCAGAAGAAGAAAUGAAUUCCCACUAGCAUCAGAAGCAGGAGGUGGUCAAAAGGCAUUUUGGAAAAUGUAAAAAUUAAACAGAAAAACAUGUACAUGAAGGAAUUUUAAACUCAGUAUUUCAUUACAAUGGCAUAUUUCAGCAGGAUAACAUGAAAUCACAUUAAUUGUCUUCUUCUUCUUCUUUUGGCUUUUCCCUUCAGGGGUCGGAAUCACAUUAAUUGUAAUGGUGUAAUUUCAUAAUUAUAUUGUGCACUCUGAGACCUAAAAUCUGGGUUUGAAACAGAUCUUGUUCUGGACUUCCCCUGUUUGUUUGAAUUUCAAAAUGUUGUUUUCUUUGGUACGUUUUUGGGUUCCUCAAAAAGCAGGAAGUUGUGGAGGACUUAGGAGGACUCUGCAGGACUUACUCAACCCUCAUACAUACUGUAUAUGGUUUCCAAACUUUAAAAUUCUUCAGCUAUUUUUAAAUCACUUCACCCUAUAAUGAGAUAGAUUUUACCUCAGUAGUUGCCAAGGGAGGGAAUUGAGGAUCUUAAGCCACAUUGAGUCUUAAACAUACUUGAUAAAACAUACAAAAAUGUUUCAUUAGAAGGGUCUUAAUCCAAACGGAAAUCUAUUAUUAUCUUUAUUUAUUUGUUUUUUUAUUUACAGUAUAUAUUCAUUUAGGUGUGCACAGAUUUUUUUGCAUUAUUUU